AUGUCCACGACCCCAACCCUCACCACCACGCUCUCCGUGAUCAGGCUGCAUUGCAUUACGGACGCCGCCUCGGCCUCCCGCGGCGCCAUCAACGACUACAACGACUGGCUCGCAGUGGUCAGCAACCUCCCCAUGGACCCCGCGAGCCCCUUUACCCUGCCCCCGUGCCCGAUGGAAAUCGUCGCCGACCACCUUUUCGCGAUCGAGGCGCGGCACCUUGCCGUCCGCCUCACACAGGUCCGCGCGACCCUGAUGGACCUCCGCCUCGCAGACCUCAUGGCGUACCACAAGCAGGCUGGCACCGUCCUCGGCGCGCAAGAGCUCUACUACGACCUGCUGACCCCGCCUAUUGGCCACGCCCAAGCCCGCCUCGACGGCAUGAAGCGCAGCACCAUCGUCCAGAUCAUCGCCGAGAGCCAGGCCAAGUCUGUCUACUGGACCGUGGGCCAGGUCAUGCUGUUCAUCGGCGCCAGGUGGGCGUGGGACCUCGACGCCAACGCAGGUAGCAUGGGCCCCAACCUGCGUGAGUUGCCCAACCCUCUCCGCCAGAAGGACGUUGUUUCCGAGUGGGACGACGCCAAGGCCCGCUACAUCUAUGAGCUCGCGCGAUACUAUGACGGCGAGUACCUCACCUACCAGCCCCCGUGCAAGGUGUGCCGCGCGUCCCGCAUCCCGUUCCCGCUACAGCACCCAAUCUUCUCCGUUCCCAAGUGCGUCACCUGUGUGUGCAGCAAGAAGUCGUGCAACAAGUCUUUCCUCCUCGGUGCUGCUGUCGUAUCACCUCUGGUCAAGAUGGAGGCGAUGGUCAAGUUGGAGGUGAUGGAGCCGGAGCCCGAAAUCGAAGUCAAGGUGGAGAGGGAGUAA